AUGGCCGUCAGCAAGAAAUACGCAGGUCUUCCGGAUCUCGACGCUGCUCCCGAAGUAUAUGAGACCCCUGACCUUGCCGACGAUGUCUCCACCGCACAGACAGGGACAGUCCGCACGAUAUCUCCCUCUCCAUCCGAUGAAGACGGUCAACCUGGUCUCGAUCGACAGCCCCUUGACCGAGAUGGGGCGAGGCGAAGAUUCGAACCCUCCGUCGUGGACGCCAAAGAUGUGAACUUUUCCGAUACCAUUGGCGGGACGAGACGGUCGUAUCGGACACGCAGUUCGCGGCGGAGGAGACGGCGGCGGCAAGAAAACGGAGUAGAAGAACUGGGCGAUCUCAGUGAUAGUGAGGAAGAGACGCUAGGGAGAAAACUUGCUAGGUUAAAGCGGGAAGCAGAGGAGGUUAGGCUCGAGCUAGAGAAACGAGAGCAAGAGAAAGAUAAGGACGGUGACGGAGAGUUCCAAGAUUCUGUCGAACAACAGCAACAUGGGCAACAACAAGGUGAUGAGGAUGAAGACGCGGACGUCGAUGGCAUCGAGGAGCUAGGGAGGGCGCUAGAUGGGCUAAGCAUGAAAGUCGGAUCGAAGUCCGGUGGUACAGUGGAAGACGAAUUCUUGUCGAGGCUGGACUCGAGCUCACGACGGCGACUACGACAAGCUGUCGCAAAGCCGACGGAUUCCCAGCAGCAGCAGAAGGACGAACCAGUGGCGGCCCCCUCGGCAUUGUCUGCCGUAGCCGCUUUUUCAGAUAGACUCACUGCGCUCGAGGCCGCAUUGGGCAUUACUUCGACGAGCGAGACCUCCCAGACGACUUGCAUCCUUCCCACUCUCGAGAACCUCUCCAGCCAAAUCACCACACUAUCCAACACGCUGAUGCCAAAGACCUCCAUGGCCUCAUCGUCCCUAUCUAACACCACGCCCUUGCUCGACACUGUGUCCUCCAAGCUCAAAACCCUGAUCGCCGAAUCCGACCGGCUCACCACGUCACGCAAACAAGCCCAGCAAUCCCUCUCGGACCUGCACGAACUGCGAAUGCGCCAGCUCGUCUCAGCCACCGUGCACACCAACACACGCCCGCGGCGUGGACUGUCCAACGCCUCAAGCGCGAACCAAGUGGCCGGCGCCGAUCUGGCUGGCCCCGGCGAGGAGUCUCUGCAACUGCAAUCGCAGCUCUUCCUGGACGAACAGUCGGCCAAGAUCACAGCUUUGUACCAGUUACUACCAUCCAUUCAGGAUCUGCAGCCCCUCUUGCCCGUGGUGCUCGAGCGGCUGAGAGCGCUCAGCGUGAUCCACGCAGGCGCAGCUGACGCGAAAAGUAAUCUCGACGCGGUCGAGAAGAGGCAGGCCGAGACCCGCGAGGAGCUCAAGCAGUGGAGGGUUGCGGUGGAGCAUGUGGAGAAGGGAAUGGCUGAGUUGGAGGAAACCAUGAAAGGGAAUGUCAAGGUCGUAGGAGACAUGGUUUCGGGUUUGGAGAGCAGGAUUGGAAGAUUGGAUGAAGGCCGCUGA